GGACUGCCUCCCGCUCCGCGCCGGCAGCGCAGCGGCCAUGGGGGCGCGGCUGGGCCGGCGGACCGGACCCGAGGCGGCCUCGGAAGCCGGGGCGGCGGCGGGGUGCGGGCCCGCGCCCUAUGAGCGCCGGGUGCGCUGGCUCCGCGAGAUCCAGUCCACGCUCCGCGAGCGGCGGCCCGAGCGCGCGCGGCAGCUGCUGCGCCUCCUGCGCCAGGACCUGGGCCUCGAGGGGACCCUCCUCACCGACAUCCUCUAUAGGAAUGUGGCCUUCCUCAAUCUGGUGGACCCUAUCUCCCAUGACCUGCUCGUGAACCUGGCCCGUGACCUGCAGUGCCCCAAGACGGACUAUGAGCUCUGGAAGUCCUCGGACAAGAUCUGCCGACAGCUCAUCUACCACCUCACCCCUCGCUCCAAGCGGCAGCGAGGAUCCAGCCUGCUCCAGAGGAAGACCCAGAGCUGCCUCAAGAGCAGCCUCCAGGUGACUCAGCUGGCUGGGGAGACCGUGAACCUGUCGGGGAUUCCACUGUCGGCGCGGGAUGUGCAGCACAUUGUGCGCUACCUGGGAAACCAGGGAGCCGGGCUCACGGUGCUGGACCUGAGCUUCACGGGGCUCAGUGAUGAGCUUCUGCGCCUGCUGCUACCCAGCCUCUGGACGCUGCCCCGCCUCACCCAGCUCCUGCUCAACGGCAACAGGCUGACGAGGGCCACUGCCCGUGAGCUCACUGAGGCCGUCAAGGACUCCACCAAGUUCCCCGCGCUGGCCUGGGUAGACCUGGGCAACAAUGUGGACGUGGCCUCCUUGCCCCAGCCCCUGCUGGUCGGCCUACGCCGGCGGCUGAGCCAGCGCACCUCACUCCCCACCAUCUAUGAGGGUCUGGACCUCGAGCCUGAGGGUAGUGAGGCCAGGGCCACCUCUGCUGCCUCCACCUGGGGCUCUGCAGCUGCCGAGCCAGGGUCGGAGCCCCAGGCCUGCUGCACGAGGUGACCUGCCACCACCCUAGCUGCUGCUACCUGACUGCCAGUGGCACAUGGGAUGGGGGAUGAUGGAGGCCUUCUAGGUCCCCAGAAAUCCAGUGUAAAUACUCAGCCUGGGAUUAAGGGGAUGGAAGGAGAAUGGGUUCACUAGAGGCCAGGAUGGAGUCUCAGACUUCCCUCAGCAGGAGGGCCCAGAACCUGCUGUGCCGAUCCCACAGUAAACAGAGAUGCCCCCCUCUG